AACAAAUCGAGCAGGAAGCGAUGAUCGAUCAGCAGCAUGGAAACCUUGAAACGUGUGAGGCGAAGCAGGAAAUCUUCACAAAACAGAUUGACCCACUACGAGUUUGAGUCACAACAACGAGCCAACCAACACAGCUGCUGACGUUCAUGAGAACUUGUUCUCAGAGCUACAACCUUCCUUCAUCCAACCUGGGACUCCCCGUAAGCACAUGGAGCCACAUGUCUGUCUCAAGAGAAAGUGGGAACCUUCCCCAACACCAGAGAGCAGUAAAAGAGUGAAAGAGACAGGUGGUAACAGAGUUCCAUUGUCUGAGCACCGUUCCGGUUCCCGAACCCCGCGGCUCUCUCUGCCGUUUGACCGUCUCCAGGAACCGGUCACGUUGAAAGAUCUGACGGAACUGCUUCAGUUUGCUGCUCUGGGGAACACUGGUGGGCUGAAACAACCCAGUUGGUGUCGCCUCCACCACCAGAAGAAUGUGUCAGGGGUGAGCGUGAUCCUUCUAGAAGGACUGAGCCAGGCCCACUUCUACAGACACUACCUGCACUUUAAACACCUCCGCACCAAGUACACCUCUAGACACAGUUAUACUCCAUCGCCUGGCAACAUGAUUUCUGAGAUAUUUAGCAGUGAAGUUGUCAACAACAGUCCUGCCGAUGCGCUAGGAGACCAGAAGAGCGCUCAGCCAGAGGGAGGUCUGCAGUGGCACCCAGUGAUCAGGAAGUUUGGUCUGGAGACCAGAGGGCUGACUGGAUACCUCCUCACCCAGGAGGAGAUGAUCAAGAAACGCUUCCCUGUCCGCGGUAUGCCUGGCAGUGAGGGCUUUGUGUGUACAGACAGUGACGACUGUGUGACUGACAGUAGUCCUCUCUAUGGGCUGGACUGUGAGAUGUGUCUGACAGAAAAGGGCAACGAGCUGACACGCAUCUCUCUAGUAGACAGCAGAGGGAGCUGUGUUCUGGACGAGCUGGUCAAACCUCCCAACCGCAUCCUACACUACCUUACACAGUUCUCUGGUAUCACCCGUGCAAUGCUGCAGCCAAUCACCACCACCCUGAGAGAAGUCCAAUCAAAGCUCAAGAAAGUGUUGCCCCGGGACGCGGUCCUGGUUGGCCACUCCCUUGAGAACGACCUCGUGGCCCUGAACCUGAUCCACCCCCAUGUGAUUGACACCUCCCUGCUGUACAGGAGAGAGUUUGGACGGAGGUUUAAACUCAAGGUGCUGGCUGAGACCGUGCUCAAGAAGCAGAUCCAGACGGAGGAGAGGAAGGGUCAUGACCCCACAGAGGACGCCCAGGCUGCCCUGGAACUGGCCCAGUACUUCAUACACACUGGACCACGACAGGUAGUGGAGCUGUAUUGUGAAGAGCUGUGGGGUGGGAGUCCUACCAUUUACCAGCCUCCUGUCAACAGCGCAACAUCUACACACAACAACAACAACAGCUCUCUCAGGUUCGCAGAGGCCCUGAAGAGUUCUGGCCAAUCAGCUGUGUUUAUAGGGAAGCGUGCUGACAACACCCUGGAUCUGUCCAAUCAGCAGUGGCACAGCUCAGACAGAGAGGUCUUGUCUUCCUUUAAAAGAGGACUAGAGUCUCACUCGUUCAGCGUUGUCCAGUUGUCUUCCUUCUCUGACCAUCUGAAGGCUAUGAUCUCUACUGACCAGCACUACCACACGAUGUCUCAGCGUCUGAGAGAGAUGUGUGUGGUGUUUGCAGGGCCGUUGCCUAGCGACUACACAGAGAGGGCUGUGAGGAGGCUGUUCAGCAGCUGUGGAACCGUACGAGCUGUCAGGCUGUUGAACGCUACUCAGAGGCAGGUGCAUGCAGAGGUAGAGUUUGAGCUGCUGGAGGGAGCUGUGCUGGCUGUCGAGAUGCUCAACGGAACACUGCUACACAGCGGACACAUCGUCAAGGUCCAGAGACCUGUAAAGGAGUCCAUGUUGGAUCUGGACGUCUUUCUGAGUUCCCUGCAGGAUGACCCGCUAAAUGCUAACGUCAUCUACGCCGCAGGGCUAAAGGCUAAUGCUACAACAGCACAGUUUGCAGCCAAAGUCAAUGGGACUGGGCUAAAUGCUAAUGCAGCUGAAGUCAAUGAGACUGGGCUAAAUGCUAACAUAGCAGCACUCCCAGCUAUGGUCAAUAGAGCUAGGCUACAUGCUAAAGCGAACCAUUCGGGGCUCUUAGAAAAAGUCAAUGGAACUUUUCUAAAUGCUAAAGCUAAGCUAGCUGAAGCGAAUGGACCUGGGCUACAUGCUAAAGCUAAAUUUGCUAAGCUAGCAGAGCUCUCAGUUGAAGUCAAUGGCACUCUGCUCCAAGUGAAAACUAUGCUAGCAGAGAUAGCAGCCGAAGCCAAUGUUGGAGCGAGGCUCCAUGCUAAGACUGCCGGACUCUGUGAAGAGGACCUCCGCGAGGCCUUCGGACAGUACGGAACGGUUCAGGGCGUAAUUCUACCGGCAAAGCACUCUGGAAAACAGAAACGUAGGAGACAUGCUUUCUUAAAGUAUGAUAGUCCUGACACUGUGGACGCGGUCCUCAGCUCACCUGUGGAACUCUGGGACAGGAAGGUGAGCACUCGCAGAGCCCUGACUCCGCCCCACCUGUGCUCCUGGGUUACUAUGACGACGACGACUGGGUCCGACAGAGAGACACCGGACGAGUCGUCGCAGGAAACCGGAAGAGAGGAACAGGAAGCGGCGUGCGUGAUGAGGAAGUUGGACCGGCGCGUGGGGAAGCUGUUCAGAUCUCUACCUGACAACACCCUCAGCAUCAUACUGCUGCCUGGUCACAACAGUUCCCAUGGCGAUGGUCUGUGUUUCCUGGAGGUCAAACAGGGGUCAGCAGCACUCGGUGACCACACCCACGACCUGAUGCUACCUGCAUAGUGUACCUUGCCAAGAUUCCCAGAAAUCCAGUUCCUUCCCAAGAUUCCCAGAAAUCCCGGUUGGAGGAUUCUGGAUUUCUUGCUUACCCCCUCCUGAUUUCGUGAAUCUUCCAAACGGGACAUUUUAGGAAAGUUAACAGAUGUUGACAACACUUUGCCUGCGAUACUGUGUUUUACCAUCUUGGUGUGCUGUGGCCCAGCAGUGCUGCAACUUGACUAACAACGACAGCUAUAGGCUACGAGAGUAUUAAGUUAUGUUUUAAAUAAAGAGGUGAGUCUA